AUGGCUGGAUCCUUAAAUUAUCGAGCUGUUCUAAUCACCAGAAUACAAGAUCUUCUCUCGGACAAAGAUCGGGAGCGGUUGUGCUUUCUUCUCGGAAAAGAUACCCCAGAAAUGAUGCCCGAGAACUGUUCAAUUAGUGAAACCUCCCGUGUGCUUGAGUCUCUUCUCGAAAAGGGCAUCAUCAGCAACCAAGAUUACGAUUCUGUCAUCCAAGCAUUUACAAAUAUUCACUGCUAUGAUGCUGUGAAACGAGUAAAAGUCUAUCGAACAAAUCAGGCAUGCAAAACUCAACGAUCUGUCUCGCUACAAGAGAUCCUAUUACAAGACAGUGCAGAAGCUACGAUUGCUCACACGAUAACCAUUUGUGAUCCGUCUGAAUCAAAAAUGGAUACACAACCUUCGAGUCCUUUUCUGCACACAAUUGCUAACCAUGAAAUGCUAACAAACACCUCGAUAUCGGUGAAAACUAAAAAGCAAGAAAAUAUUACUCAAUCUCGAUGCAAAAAUCGGGCGUUUAAAGGACCACUAAACAUUCGCUCACAAAUUCUAGUUGGUGUUAUUGUUCUAGGUGUAAUGAGUCUUCCAUUCGUGAUUGUUCUAUCAAAGAAGUAUAUCGAACGAACUUUAAAACUCAAACAAGAUCAAUCACAGACAGUGAAAGAGAUGGAUACGAAUGUAGUGAUGUGGCAAUAG